AUGACAUUGAAUAUCUCGCCUUCCACAUUCGAAGAUCUCAGUGAUGAUAUUAUCAUGGAUAUUUUCGAUUUGCUUGAUCCACCUGUUUAUAUUUAUCAUUCAUUCCUGAAUUUAAAUCGCCGUUUCAAUCGAAUUAUUAGUGAUGCACGUUUAUUAAUUUCACUUGAUCUAAGUCAGUUAACUAGUCCAGCGAAUUUUGCGUAUCAUUGUCAAGUGAUGUUAUCAAAAAUGUCGAAGCAGCUCAUCUCAUUACGUCUAUCAAAUGAACAGAGAUUCUAUGCACAGAUCCAACAAUUCAUCACACACGUGCGUUUAGGACACUUUCAAGCACUACGACAAUUGGCAUUGAUACAAAUCACAUUCGAUCAAUUGCGACGAAUGCUCGCUGAUAUUUUGUCACUAAACAAACUUAUUCGAUUGGAUAUUGAUAUGUUCGACAUUUCCGGUGUAGCUCCAAGUGAAUUGAAUGUCGUCGCAAAUGCAUUGUUAAGUAAAUCUUCUUCUAUACAAUGUUUAAAUCUUCGUUUCAAUCGUGAAAUCAUUAUUUGUGAAUCGGUUUCAUCAUCAAUGCGACAUUUGACACUCGAUGCAUGCUACUCUUCUGAUCUUCCUCAUUUAUUAUCUCUUUGUUCAAAUCUCUCGUCAUUGACUGUGAAAGUUGAACAAUCUCGUCGUCGAUUCCCUCUCUUGAAUCUAACAAAUUUCGAUCAACCAAUCCAUCGACAGCCGCUCUCGUCGAUCAUGUGUUCGUAUUUAACAUAUUUUUCGCUUGAUAUUAAUGACUUAACCUUAUCCGACGUGAAAAAGUUUCUUCCGGCAAUGCCAUAUUUAUCUCAUUUUCGUUUGGAAGGUUUGACCUAUGAUAUUGACUUUUCCAAAGGUGAUCUCUGGGAGAAUAUUUUCGAGAAUCAAACCAAAAAACUAACGCAAUUCUCCAUCUCUGGAUUACGCAUCUGGUUAGGCAACAAUGCCGAUGACGAUGAAGAUAAUCAUAAUCUAAUCGCACAAAUCAUCCAGUCAUUUGAUACAAAUCACAGAUAUUGGGGCAAAUAUUGGUCCGUCCAUCAAACACAUAAACUUCGACCGAAUCAUCUCAAUCUAACACUACAUGCUAAAAGUCUCUAG